GCAGAGUGCGCAACCAAAAGUGACCUGCGGCAAGGCGGGGACGAAGAACAGCCUCGGGUGCGCGUCCGACGGUCAAAAAGUCCCGAAGGGGCGGGAGGAGCCGGUGCAGGUGUCCGAACAGGUGAGUUUUAGGGGACACAGAAAUCUAUUUUAAAGAAUUUUGUACAGUAUUGAAGGAUGGCAGAAGCAGUGUUGAUUGAUCUCUUUGGCUUGAAACUGAACUCUCAGAAAAACUGUCAUCAGACAUUACUAAAGACAUUGAAUUCCAUCAGAAACCACCACAGUGCCAAGGCCAAGUUCCUUUGCAUAAUGUGUUGCAGUAACAUCAGUUGUGACCAUGAUAAUUGUGAAUUAGAAACAAGCAAUGGAUUAUCAACUCUCUUGAGAGAAUUUGAGACUGUUAGCAAUCCCAACAUGGCUGCCUCUUUGUAUACCAUUAAACAAAAAAUUGAUGAAAAAAAUUUGAGCAGCAUUAAGGUAAUUGUGCCUGCGUACCGGAAGACAAUAAUGAAGGCAUUUAUUGAUCAACUCUUCACUGAUGUUUACAAUUUUGAGUUUGAAGACUUACAGAUGACUUUGAGGGGAGGUCUUUUGAAACAAUCUACUGAAACGAACACAAUCACAGCUCAAGAACAAGAAGCAAUCCGGAAUGAAAUAGAAACAUAUUUGAGAAGUUUGCCAGCCCUGAAAGGAGAAUUAACCAUUAUCACAUCUCCUUUGAUCUCAGAUAUUUUCAUACACGGAUUUACUACAAGAGCAGGUGGAAUAUCUUACAUACCAACUCUUAGCUCAUUCAAUCUCUUCAGUAGUUCCAAACGAAGAGAUCCCAAGGUCGUUGUUCAAGAAAAUCUGCGUAGGCUGGGGAAUGCUGCAGGAUUUAAUGCGAAGAAAUUUUACCGAAUAAAAACUGAUCAUGCCAAUGAUGUCUGGAUUAUGGGGAGGAAGGAGCCUAAAUCUUACGAUGGAAUCACCACAAAUCAAAGAGGAGUCACAAUAGCGGCGCUUGGUGCUGACUGUAUACCGAUAGUUUUUGCAGAUCCUGUCAAAAAAGCAUGUGGGGUUGCUCACUCUGGUUGGAGAGGUACUCUGUUAGGCAUUGCUAUGGCUACAGUGAACGCUAUGGUAGCAGAAUACGGCUGUAGUUUAGAAGACAUUAUUGUUGUACUGGGGCCUUCAGUAGGACCUUGCUGUUUCACUCUGCCAAGGGAAUCAGCAAACGCAUUUCAUAAUCUUGAUCCUGGAUGUGUACAGCGACUUGACUCACCAAAUCCCCAUGUUGACAUCCGUAAAGCCACCAGGAUUCUUCUAGAACGAGGAGGAAUUCUACCACAGAAUAUUCAGGACCAGAACCAAGAUCUCAGCCUCUGUACAUCUUGCCAUCCUGACAAGUUUUUCUCCCAUAUCCGAGAUGGUCUUAACUUUGGUACACAGAUUGGCUUCAUAUCAAUUAGGGAAUGAGGUACUUGACUAGAUUUUUGCCUGCUUCCUGCUUCCUUCCAUAGUGAUUAUAAAAGAGAAAUUUAACUGUUUGGUAUACUUAAAACCAAAAGGAUUACAAUGGAUAAUUCAUCUUUAGGGUACAUUUUCAUUAUUAUCCACAGCAUUAUGAUUUUCCUUGAUUCUAACAAUAACUGACAAAAAUCAGCAUAAUAUAGCUUAUAUGUUAUACAGAUGAGGAUUAUUCUUAAAAGUUGUUCUCUGUAUUUGUCACAUAAAUCAAGAAUAGGUCUGUUCAGUUCAUUAUUUAUUGGGAAUGCCUUUAUCUGUCAAGUGUUGUAUGAAUCAUAGGUGAAAUCAAGAUGAGUAAGACUUUUUCCUCUGAGUCUAAUGCAGUGGAGGAGAUAAACACUUCUAACACUUAAGUUUAAUUUUAAUAGCAGAAGAGUACAGGAGAAAGAAGGAUUAAUUUUGUCUAGAAAGUGGGAUAGAGAAGAUAUUACAGAGAAAAUGGCUUAUCACAUGGGCCCAAAAUAUGUAAAGGCUUUUGACAAAUAAAGAACAACCGUAGCAGGUAGAAGGACUACCAUCAACUAGGGCAUGAAACUCAAAGUGGACGAUAACAUGUUCUAGAAAGAGAAGGGUGUGGGCGAGAGUUACUGGAAAAACAGGUUGGAAAUGGAUUAGUUAGGGUCUCGAAUGCCAUGCCAAAGAGUUUGGAGUUCAUUUUCCUGGCAAAAAGUAGUCAUAGAAAGUUGGAGAGUGUUUCUGUGUCCUUGGCAUUAUAUUAAACAGGAUAGAUUUCACUUGUGAGGGACCAAAGCAGAGAGAUUAAUUAAAAAGCAGUCAAAAUACUUUAAAAAAAGAAUUAUGGAAACCUGAAUGCAGUGGAAAUUAAAAUAGAGGAGACAGUAGGUGGAUUAGAGAGACAUUUGGUGAAAUGUCCAGAUCCUGGUACUAAAUCAUGGAGAGGGUAGGUGAGGAAGAGUGGGGAAGUCGCUGAUGAUGACGCAGUCUCUUGGCUGACUACCUCGAGUGGCAGCAAAGACGGGGAGGAGGUUGGGACAAGUGGGAGGGAUAAUGAGGUUGAUACACAGACUGAAAUACCCCUGGAUGGAAAUAUGUGGUCAAUAAUUAGAAAUAGAGACCUGGAACCUACGAGAGAGCUGGGGGUGGGGGGAGGAGAUUUGGGAGUUGGCUUUGCAGAGACGAUGCCUUAGUCAGCUGAAGUAGGCUGGAUCAUCUGGGCAGAAAUACAGGGUGAGAAAAAAAGAAGCCCAAGGAUGAACCCUCAUAAGAACACUUGCAUUUAGAACAAGAAGCUGAACCAGUAAAAUAGAGUAAUCCUAGAAGAGAAAAAUUGAGAAGAGUCGUUUUGAAGAAAGAAGCCAGCAUAGAUGUGAGAGAUGCUCAAAAAGAAAUCUUCAGAAAGAAAGUGAAAUGAGGACUGAGAAGAAGCCAAUGGAUUAACCAUAUUAAGCUGUUCUACAGGUAGUGGUGGUGGAGCCAGAUUUCAGUGCUUUGAGGGUGAGGAUGCGUCAGUGCUGACUCUUUUUUGCCAAUAUUUACUAGAGAAAAUAAAGCACCAGGGUAUUUUGAAGGAAGGGGUAUGUAUAUGUACAUACAUUUUAUGGGGGGAUGAAUAGUUUUAAGUGUAUUUGUAGGCUGAAGAAAGGAGUUAAGCUGUUUUCAUUUGGGAAGAAUUGUAUAUAUGGUACAUAUUUUUAAUACAAAUUAAGGUCAUGUUCUACCGUAACAAGAUUUCUUAUUUCAUAUGUAUGUCUUUUCUGAAUAUGCAGAAAGUUAUAUUUGUUUGGUACUUAUAAAGGACUUUCAUAUCCAUGACCUGAUUUUACCUUUAUCAUUACUCUGAAAUGCAUAAGUCAGGUGUUACCUUCUUAUUCAGAGAGAAAAACUGAGUCUCUUUACAGUAGAGGGUAAAAUCACGUAAUUUGUGAUAAAGUCAAGAUUUGAACCCACAUGUUGUGCCUCCAACUCAUUUCAGAUUUUACAGUUAAUUGGUGCUAUCUAAAUUAAAUUUUUACAACUUUUUAUUAAAAUCACAUAUUCAUACAGUCAAAAUUCUGUUGACGUAUUCCAGUUUAAAAAAUUUAGUUGUAGCCCUCAAGAUUUAAUAUCCAGUGAAAGAUGACCAUCAAUAAACCAACAAUUUUAAUACUGUGAUAUGUGUUGUAAGGUUGUCACAACUUAAUACUUUGUUUAAUUGUUCUAUGCAACUCAUAGCUCAGUGUGAAAUUUAUAUGAAAUACCUCAUUUUUUCUAAUUUAGGGAAGGCAUGAAAUACAAAUCAUAGGAUAGCAAUUUCAAACUCAUACAAAAUAUUCUUUUGUUUAAUGGUAACAAGAAAGAUUAAGGAAUAAUUCCACACAUUGAGAAAGACUGAUAAUUUUCCAGUUCUUCACUGUGCAUUAUUUUGUUGAAUGCAGGGUAUUAGGCAGCCAUAUUUCAUUUUAUGAACCAAAAUAUUCCACAACCAAAUAAAAAUUAUGUUUGACUAUCUGUGAUUUUGGAUUGCCUGUGCCAGAGCAUAUAAAGUUGUCUCUGUGCUAUUUUACUGAGUGGAAAGUAUUGAUUGAGUAACUCAGAACCAGAAUGUAGGUCGUUAAGUAGUCAUGUCUUAUUGUCACAACAAGAUCUCUAUCACUUUUAAGCAUCUGUAUAUAGGUUUCUGGGACUUUUAGGGUGUACCCACAUUGAUGAUUUUUAAUAAGUUUUGUUUUCAGUCUAAGCACUGCUGUUAACUGCAUGUAAGUUUUCAUUUUAUUAAGAAGAAAAAUUAAAUUUGUAAAUCAGAUAAGAGUUCAUGACUAUUACCUCCAAAAUAUCACAUUUAAAACUGAAAUUUACCUACUUGUAAAUUUAAAUUCUGAAGAAUAGUGUACUGAAUAAACAUGAUACACUCCACUGCUUUAUAAAGUAAAUGAAAAAAAUGAUUUUUCCACUGGGAGGUAGUGUUUCUACAAGUAACUACUCUGUUCCUUGGUGUAAGGUUGAACCAACCUUAAUCCCUGUAUUUAUUUGUACAAAAUUUUUUAAAAGGGCAUUUAAAGGUCAUUGCUCUUACUUUAGAGGCAACUUAUUAUGCUUCAAGUAGAUAAACAUAUUUAGGAGUCCUCACCUACCUGGGUCUCACUUCUGCAGAAUCUCCAGUAACUUCUUUUCUGGAAGUAGAUUUUGGCGGGGAAAUUCAAAGAAGCUCACUCUGUGUCACAUGACAAAAGCAUAAAUAAUACCCAUGGAUCCAGAAGCUGGAAAUAAGAGGACAGCGGCAUUUGAAUGACAUCAUUUUAUAUCUCAAAGUGGGAUUUGGUAUUUGUUUUCACUCAGUUGUCCUAAAGUUACACUUCCACUGUAUCCAUCCUGCUUUUUAUAUGAACUCUUAGAGAAUGCCACCAAUCUAUGGAAGUCCAGUACUUCAGAGAAAGCACUGCUUGGUUAUCUGUGUGUGUAGACAUGGAUCUGUGUGCUAAAUGAUAAACAAGAAAUAUGCAAGUGUCAAAUAUGAUAGGUAAUCCCUUUGCCCCAGCUCAUGUAAAUUCACACAAAUCACAUUGGAUGCAGUGGAACCAUAGAUUUCUCGCUGUAAAAAUUUUGUAAAUUGUGCAGUAAAGAAUGGAAGCAUGGUC